AAUUCCAUAACACUCUACUAUGAAACAAAUAUAUACCAGGGAUGGGAUGGCCAGCCUGAACUGGGCCGGCACAUUGGCGGAGGUACGUAUCAUGUAACAUGAUGUGUGUGAGUAAAGGUCUUUGUGUUAGACACGUGUGUUAGAAUGAGUGUGUGUGUUACGGUGUGGUGUGUGUUUGUUAUGGGCAAGGAGGAGGGGCUGGGGUACCACUUUUUUAAUUGCCUCCCAGACUAGAAGGUGCCAGGCUCUUCCCUAACGUAUAUCCCCAAAACGUGUUUUGAAAUAAGCAUUGUUCAACAAUAGCAUUUUCAUACCGGAAUUCUUCAGUAAAAUUCUCUUCUCCGUUAAAACAUACCCUCAUUAAUAAUGUAAAGGAAAUGCAAAGCAUAUUCAAAUAAAUAAAACCUAUAAAAUGAAAGGUGAUAUAAAGAAAAAACAUUGGACAUAACAUUGAAAAGUAUACGUUUAAAAGAUUCUCAGUCCCAGUGGCUGGACUGGUUGUUCAACAUAAUUGAAGCUGUAUUGUAGCACACGGUGUGUGUGGGACGGCGUUACCUUUGUAACAGUGACACCGUUUGUCACCCGACGUGUCAGAGGGGUACUCGGCCCUGCUAGUUUUGACCUCUUAAGCCCAAGUAUUGUUUAUUUGCUUUUGAUUCUCUCAUUUGUUUUAUUCCAGGAGGAACUUUGUGGAUAUAUAUAAAGCCAGGAAAGAUAAUGAUUGCCAGCGGAUUGGCUGACCUUAAAGCUAUUAUUACAAUCUCUGCUGCGAGGACGGUUUGUGAAGCACUGGGAGCUUUAGAAGGAAAGUGUGACAGAUCCAGCAGGACGGAGUGACGGACGACACCGAAUCCACAAGCAGAUGGCGGAUUUCAUAGCCGGGGCGCUAGGAGGUGCCUGUGGGGUCAUGGUUGGAUAUCCCCUGGACACGGUAAAGGUACGAAUUCAGACGCAAAGGAACUACAGUGGGGUCUGGCACUGUAUCUGCUCGACCUACAAAAUGGAAAAAGCAUCUGGAUUCUUCAAGGGGAUGACGAUGCCAAUGUCAACGGUAUCCAUCAGCUCAUCCAUAGUGUUCGGUGUUUAUAGAAACUGCCUCUACAAUUUAUGCAAGCUGAAAUAUGGAACAUCGAACGUGAAGCCAUCGAAGUUGGACAUUUUCCUUUCAGGUUAUGUUGCAGGAGGAGUUCAGGUUUUAGUGUCGUCCCCUGCUGACAUGGCCAAAGUACGACUGCAAACCCAAGCUUUUCCACGCCAUUCUAACACAUGUGCUUUGGUGGCGGGACCCAAAUAUACAGGACCCAUCCAUUGCCUCAUCACCAUCAUACGGGAGGAAGGAUUUCUCGGACUGUACAAAGGCAGCUCGGCUUUAAUGUUCAGAGACUGCCAUUCGUUCUCUACGUACUUCCUGACGUACGCUGUUUUUCGAGAAUGGUUCGUUUCUGUUGAACAAAGUUACUCAGAAUUAUGGGGUGUUCUGCUUUCGGGGGGAUGUGCCGGAGUGGUGGCGUGGAGCAUUGCCACUCCAAUGGACGUCAUCAAAUCGAGGCUGCAGGUGGAUGGAGUAACGCAACAAAAGUACAGAGGGGUAAUCCAUUGUAUCACGGAAAGUGUCAGACAGGAAGGACUCGCGGUCCUCUUUAAAGGCCUAUCGCUGAACUGCCUGAGAGCCUUUCCUGUGAACAUGGUGGUUUUCUUGACUUAUGAAGCCAUCCUGAGACAAAUCAAACCAUUUACCUCAUGAAA